AUGUUCCAGGGCUUAGGCUUGAGCCAGUCGCCCGCGUCGGCUGGCGGCUCGAUCUUUGGCUCAGGCACCGCCGGUGAGCAGCCUGCCAAACGGGGAGCCUUUGACAUGGCGAGCCCGGCUCAGGCUCAGAGACCGUCUCUCUUUGCGCCGACGGGGGCCUCCAACACACAGUCACAGCCACAAUCUCUAUUUACAAAUAACACGGGCAGUCUGCAGAAUCCCCCUGGCUCUACCAUGUUUGGCCAGUCCACUGCGCAACCUGGCCAGGCGCAGGGGACCGCCGCCCUGCCCUCCCAAUCCACCGUCACGCCGUCAAUUACGGUCUCUCAGCCGGCACAGCCAGCCUACUUCAGCAGCCUGCUGGAGAAGGGCAAGAAACGGCCCCUCUCGAGCUUCCAGAACGUCUCCUCGGUCGAGCUCCCCAACCUCCAGCUCGGGCUAGACGAUAUCAGAAAGUCUGCCCGCGGCCUGGGUACCGGCGAGCCCAGGUCCACACACAAACCAGCAGUCGAAAACAGGAUGCUUUCAUCCCUGACUGCGUCUGGAAUUUCUCCAGGGCAGGUAAUCCAUGACCUGCACACGUUCGACGCUCAGACAGGCGCAAACGCUGGCCCAGCUCCACCAGUACCCGAACAGGAGUACUUUGACCCCGACAACCAGAAAUUCUUGCGACGAGUGCAGCAGCGCGGUCGAGAGGCCAUGAUUGCUGAAAGCUUGGCCAGAGCUCGCCGGGAUUUCGAUACGUUCCUCGAAGACAAAGUUAGCCUCAACUGGGACGAGCAACGGCAGAAGAUCUAUGGACAUUUUGGCCUCGCAUCAAAGGACGAUAGCCGAACCGGCAGCUUUGGUGUCUCUCGAGGGAGAACUGCCCGCGACGAGCCUGCUGACAAUCUAUCUGCCAGUCGUAGAAGCGUUUUUGGGCGGUCAGGGUUGUCCAAGUCCAUCAUCGGGUCCGCAAGCGUGGGUGGUAGCGCCUCCAUCUUUGCCGACCCUGCCAGCCGACCUACUCCCUCGCCAACCCAGCAGGGUGGAGAUUCCAGAUUCAUGAGAGAAAAGAUAGGCCAGUUCGGUUUGAAGGUACAGAAAUUAAACGAAAUGAGGCUGCAGGAGAGGACCUUCCCCGUGCUUCGAGAGUUUGCUGAAGCUGAAAAGGUUGCAGAGAGUGAUGUCCCAAAGCAGCUCUUUGAGGCUUAUCAUGCCCUCAUUAGUAUUACAAACGAGCCCGCUAGUUCUGUUGGCUACUUCGAACCCGGAGCUCUAAGGCCCCGUCAAUUUGCCAAGGAUUACGGAGAGGACAGCCCUACGUCCAUGGACGCGCUCAGGAUGCGGAAACAGAUCAUUGCAGGAUCCAGGAAACAUCUUGAACGAUCGUUCUACAAGGAAGUUGAAGACUCCAUUGCGAAGAAUCCCCGUGAAGCCCAACUAGGCGGAGUCCCUACCAUCAUCAACAAGAUUCGCGCUUAUAUCCGACUUCGGGCAGCGAGAAAGGAUCUUGCCCCGGAUGGCACCGAGCUGCAAAUGGUGAACGACGACUACUGCUGGAUUCUGAUUUUCUAUCUUCUCAGGUGUGGAUUCAUUGAAGAAGCAGCAGAGUACGUCAGUCGUGAUCAAGGCUUCCGAUCAAUGGACUAUAAAUUCGUCACCUACAUGACCACCUAUGCCCAGCAUCGGAGGCUUCCUCGUGACCUCCAGCAGAAGAUCGGUGCAGAGUACCAACAACGCCUACGAAACGCGCCUGAAAACACAGUUGAUCCGUAUCGAAUGGCAUGCUACAAGAUUAUCGGUCGAUGCGACCUUAGCCACCGUCGUCUCGAUGGCUUAGGCCAGGGUGUUGAAGACUGGAUGUGGUUGCAAUUCGCAUUGGCACGCGAAGACACCCGGGCUGAAGAGGUUGCGGGUGACAUCUUCGGCUUGGAAGAUAUCAAGAAGGAUAUCGCGGAAAUUGGCCAAAGAGUGUUUCCAAAGGGACAGGAGACUCCCGGAGCGUACGGGGUUUAUUUCCUGUUGCAGAUUCUCGGUGGAAUGUUCGAACAGGCCGUUUCGUAUCUUGGUUCCUAUGCGCCUAUAGACGCAGUACAUUUUGCCAUUGCGCUCGACUACUACGGCCUCCUUCGCGUCUCUGAUUUCUACACAUCGGGCGAUGAACUACUCUCAUUCACGACAAGACAGCUUCCACAGAUCAACUUUGCAUCUCUCAUCAUGCAAUAUACAAGAGAAUUCCGCCUUGGAAACGUCGAAGCUGCAGUCGACUAUUUUACCCUUAUAUGCUUAAACACAGAUCUCCCAGGGGAAUUAGGGAAAUCACAGGCCGCCGUCUGCCAUGAGGCGCUACGAGAAUUCAUCCUCGAAACCCGUGAUUUUGCCAAGUUGCUAGGAGACAUCAGAUCGGAUGGAACUAGAAUCAGGGGCGUGAUCGAACAGCGGUUGAAAUUAAUCAACCUCGAUGAUCAGGAGGAAUUUCUCAAAGCUGUUACUGUCCAGGCUGCUGCCGUUGCAGAUGACAAGGGGCUUACCGCAGAUGCUGUCCUGCUCUACCACCUAGCUGAGGAAUACGAUAAUGUUGUUUCAAUCCUGAACCGCAUCCUCUCUGAUGCUGUAGCUGUCAGCCUAGGAGAGGCAGCGAUUAAACUCGAGCCCAUCAAACCCCGUACCGGCGGAAACCAGCAUCAACAGCCAGGAAGUCCCCAUGCUGAGCCAGGAAGCAGCUUUAGCCUUACAGCGGUGGAGGAUCCCGUUAUUCUGGCUAAGAAUAUGAUUGGUCUGUACAACACGAAUGCUCUUUACUAUCAAAAGAUCCAUCCCAUCAACCGCGAGGCAUGCGGACUACUUCUUCGAAUGAUGGAAACAAAAUCCAAGGUUGAAGCUGGGCAAUGGGCGCCUGCAUUGGAUGACAUCAAUAAUCUUCAAAUCCUCCCACUCACUGCUCAGGGAUCCAUCACCUACGUCCGCAGCGCGGCCCAGGCAUUCUCCUCUCUACCCCCCGUCAUCGCCCGGAAUACCGGCAGUCUAAUCAUGUGGAGUAUAACCUGCAUCAGCCGUGAGCGUGAAAGGAUGUAUUCCGGUGCCUACGAGAACGACAUGCGGCAAACUCUGGUCAACGAGCUUUUGGUGAUGGCAAAGGAUCUGAUGGUGUUUUCUGGAAUGAUCAAAUAUAAACUGCCACCUAGGGUUUACGAGACACUGGCUAAAGUUGGAGGAGACAUUGGGCUGGCCUUGUAG